GCUUCGCGCCUGCGUGUUCCCACCUUCACCUGCUGAAACCCCAUGGAAUAGACCUGCCAAGGGCUACAACAGUCUUCUUUGCCGGGCCAAUCCUAUUAAAGGGUGGGUUUGACUCGUAAACCAAUCAAAGGGGUGGAGUUUUCUCCGGCCUGGAUCCGGUGGUGGAGGCCUGUGACCCGGCUCGCGCUCCAGCGCGCGGGAGAACGCAUCCAGCGUAUUCCCAAGAUCCAGCUGCCCACCCCUCGAUUCCGCUCGCCGGCUACAGCAGCGGCGCCCACUUCCGGAGGUAUCCGGUCAGCGGGUUGCGGAGGAUCGUGCGGGUAGCAAAGAUUGGGCAAGUGCUUCUGUGGCCCCAGCCGGCAUCCAGAACAUACAUCAUUGUUAGAACAAUCACCCUGCAGCUAGCUGGAAUAAAAGGGCAUAUCAGCUGCAAAUGGAUAGAAGAAUCUGGUAUUUGUGAAGACAGAGUUCCAGGACUUCUACCUGGAGCUACAUCCUCUAGAAGUCCCUGUUUGAAGCACCAACCCCAUCCAACCAGUCACAACUGUGUGUGGUGUUUCUUGGAAACUUAAACACGGAUUCCUUCAGAAGUUCCACAGUGAGCAGAAAACUACAGAGACUGGCUACUGAAUAGGUUGUCCACAUGAUAGCCUCCUCUCUGGCCUUGCUUAGCACAUUUACCAAAGAGCAGUAACUGAGUGCUGGAUGUUACUCAUUCAUGCUUACCACCUACAGGGACUGCAGAGGGAUUUGUCAGACCCAGCUUCAUUAAGAACCACCCUCUAAGGACCUCCAUAGGGGGCUUCCCAUAGAGACAGGUGCUCUGCCCAGGAUCUCCACUGCCUUAGGUCCUACGUGGACACCUUCACAACUGAGACGAUUAGUGUUUCUUCACCUGCCUGUAAUCCACAUAGCAACUGGAAAAUUCUGCCUUCUGCUAUUUUUUGUUCCUGUGGUUUUUUUUGGUUUGUUUGUUUACUUUUGGGUAGGAAGAGUUUUAACAACUACUUUAAUUCCUUUAGUAGCUAAAGGGCUGUUCACGGUUUCUUUUUCUUCUUGAGUCAAUUUUGGUAAGUUAUUGUUUUAUAGGAAUUGGUUCAUUUUGUCAUCUCAAGUUUAUAGGCAUAAAGUUCCCUUGGCUUUUUUUUUUAUUCUCUGCUGUAUAUAAUCUGUAGUUAUGUCUCCUUUUUCAUUGCUUAUAUUGGUUAUUUGUGCCUUCUCACUUUUUUUCUUGAUCAAUCUCACCAGAGGUUUGUCUAUUUUAUUAGUUUUUUCAAAGAACCAACUUUUGGCUUUGUUGCUUCUCUCAAUUGUAUCUUUGUUUUCUAUUUCUUUAAUUUCUGCUCUUAUCUUUUUUGAUCUCCUUCCUUCCACAUUUUUUGGAUUUAUUCUGUUGUUCUUUUUCUAAUGUUUUAGACACUGAGGAUAUUAAUUUUUAGCCUUGUUUUCUCAUUUGUGCAUUUAAUGCUAUAUUAAUUUCCCUCCAGAUACUGCUUUUCUAUAAGUUCAGAUAUGUCAUAUUUCAUUAUUGUUCGGUUCCAAGUACUUCAACAUUUCCAUCAUGGUUACUUCUUUGACCUGUGCAUUACAUAGAAGUGUGUUUUUAUAUUUCUAAAUGUUUGCAUAUUUAAAAUUAAUCUUAUUAUUAUUGAAAUUUAUCUUAAUUGCAGUGUGGUCAGAGGAUGUGAUCUGUGUGAUAAUAACUUUGAAAUUUAUUGAGACUUGUUUUAUGGCUUAGUAUGUGAUCUAUAUUUUUGAAUGUUUCCUAUGUACUUUAUAAGAAUGUAUGUUCUCUAAUUGUUCAAUACAGAGUUCUACAUAUGUCUUAUCAAGUUCAAAUUUUCUAUAUCUAUACUAAUUAUACUAAUUAUUUUGAU